CGUCGGCCCAAAUCGCCCCCUGGGGUGGGUAGGCAAUUUGUCCUACAAAACCCCUGAAAGUAGGCAACCCACAGCAAAUCGCCCCCUCCGUCAGUCGGACUUAAAACCGCGCCUGUCACCCAUGCAUCGGCUCAAUAAUGCAUUUGCUUUACAGUCUCCCUGCCGCUGUAACGAGAAAUAUGAGUGUCGAGCUGGUACUGGAUGCACUCAAAAAACAAAAUGAGCGAGCGUCGCCAGGUUCCCCAGCCACCUUUGCGGAAAUGGUCACUAUACUGCGAGACCCCAACCACGCGGGCAUCGACCUGACCUUGGACAGAGAGGAGGACUUUUUCCGCGGGGUUGUGGGGCAAGAGCCGCACAGGAGUGCCAUAUUUUGUUCUGACAGAAUGCUCAAAUUUCAUAAGAAGUGCAACAGGGACCAGCAUUUCGUCACAAAUGUUGACUCGACAUUCUUUUCCACCCCAAGCGAGCCGGAGGGCCUCGCACAGGUCCACCGCAUCGGGGGGUUGUAUUUGGGAGAGGUAGGUAUUUUCACCGUCUUGUUGUCUGGUUGUAGCGGACCGGAUGCAGGCGUACGGUCAAGUUGCAUACUACGCGUGUUGCGUUCACCAUUUUAUUUUGUUUCAUCCUUAUGACUGAAUCUGGUUUAAGUAGUUUUUGUCACAAUAUUGACUGUCUUAAUCAUUUUUCAGUUCUACAUGAUUGUCACGGCGUUAAUGGAGUCCAAGUCAGGGGAGGCGUACACCGCAUUGUACGAAGAGUUGCGCUCCCUUGGCUUGGAGCUCAGAAAAGUCGCACUCGACAUGGAAGACUCACAACGCCAGGCCAUAGCUCAUGUGUAUCGGGAAGAGCGAGCAGCCCUGUUGCUUUUUCUCUUGAUCUGUUACUUCCAUGUUUGCAAGGCGCUAAUAACGUACGCCCAGUCAAAAUGUGGCUUAAAAGUUUUAAUGGAAACAGAUCAGGACAUAAUGGUGAUGGUAAAGUCGGUGAUGGCCGUUCCCCGCCUCCCGGCAGGGGACAUGGACCGUGCUGUGAAGGACACAAUCCAACCAGAGCUUGAAGCCGCGGGGAAAUACAACGCGGACACCAAGAAGUUCCUCGACCACUUCAGGGGACAUUACGUGGCGCGGCUCGGCCCUGAAUUGUCGGUGUUUGGCAGGGACAACUUCACCACCAGUCCCCUGGAGGGAACACACAGGGCCUUCAACCAAGAAAUGAAAAACAAACACCCUUCAUUCAGCCAUUUCCUGCUAACGAUACGCAAUGAGGAGAAGGCCAUGUUCGACCGGACGGAACAGGAUAUAAUCCCCCGAAAAAGGGCCACCCUCAUGAGGACUCUUACAAGAAAAGCCCGCACGAAGCAUGAAGAGGAGAUGGCAUACCGUGGUGGUAGGCAGUCUAUCAGAGCGUUCUUGGACCAGUACAUCAGGCCACGCUCCUUCGUGCGCAGUGUUAUGCUCCUGCUCGACGAAUACCCCGAGUAUGACGAGCCCGCACAACAGUAUGAAGAGCAUGUGCCUGGGGCACCACUGUCCCCCUUGCCUCCUCUGCCAGGAGAAGAAGAGGAACAAGUCGACGACCCUGGCUCCCCAGUCAUGCAAGAAGGUGCAGCAGAGGAUCGGCAACUGUUACCUUUGUCACCCUUGCCUCCUCUGCCAGGAGAGGGAGAGGAACAAGUCGACGGCACUGGCUCCCCAGUCUUGCAAGACGGUGCAGCAGAGGAUGGGCAACUGUCACCUUUGUCACCCUUGCCUCCUCUCCCACAGGAUUUGGUGGUUACUUCUCCUCGCCGGUCGCAAUCGUUACCGAGCCCCCCCGAAGUGGAGUUCACUACUCCAGAGGAACGGGUACUUGCUAACGACAGUACUCACAUUUAUGACGUAGAUACAGAUGUGGAUGAAUGGGAUUAUCGUGAAAUUAACGAACAGUUUCUCAGAAUGAGGCCCUGGGAAGAACAGGAAGACGACAACGAAGCAGAGGCACAGGAACCAGUGGGAGUAGAGGUUGUAGAAGCUGUCGCGUUCGAAAAGAGACAAGAGACUAGCUGUGACGAUAUGGAGCCACUAUGGACGCGGAGACCCGUCUUCUUGCGAGGCUCGGCGGCCCUGACCAGCCCAGCCCCCACCCCGGCGCAGGAGCUACCACCGGCGCGUGUCCUAGCCUUCGUGGACGCGGAGACCCGUCUCCUUGCGAGGCUCGGCGGCCCUGACCAGCCCAGCCCCCACCCCGGCGCAGGAGGCAAGCCAGGAGGCAAGCCAGGAGGCAAGCCAGGAGGCAAGCCAGGAGCCAGCUGGGUCCCAAGGAGCUACACCAGCCGCGAAAAAGAAGUUCAACGGGAGGUACAGUCCGAUCAUGCUGUCGUUGAGUCAGCGCCCACCCCGGUGCAGGAGCAGGAGACACAGCCACCACUGGCGCUGGCCAGCCCAGACCUGGCUGUAACCACAACCACCGCUGAGGCUGAGACACAGGAACAGUCCCAAGCAGCUGCUGUGGUUCAGCAAAAAGCAGCCGCAAGCCCUGUUACCGCGCGGGAUGCACAUGCACAACCUGUGCCUGAGGGAAGGGUUAUGCGACCACGGCACAGAGUGUGCUACGUCGAGCCUCUUGGGGGAACGCCACCACGCAAACGGACCAAAAGAACAGCCGUCGUCUCUGUGGAAGAGUCUGAUGAUGCUAUCAUUGAGUCAGCGCCCACCCCGGUGCAAGAGCAGGAGCCACCACUGACGCUGGCCAGCCCAGACCUGGCUGUAACCACCGCUGAGGCUGAGACACAGGAACAGUCCCAAGCAGCUGCUGUGGUUCAGCAAAUAGCAGCCGCAAAUUUGGAUGUCUACGCCAUUGACAAAGUAGAAGCCUCUGGCUUCUUCCGCUUCCAUACCUGA